AUUUUACUCCAUAAGAUCAAUGACAAUAGCAACUGACAUUAGAUAUAGGUCGUACGUCACGUGCAGCUUCUUCCGGUGGAUUUAUGCUUUGUGUCAGAUAGCUACACUUCGCGGCCGCUGCAUCCUAUGAACUUACGCAACUAUGUUUGUGUUUGUGACAUCACUUUUGCUUCUAAUAGUAUCAGGGUUGUCUGAACAAACAGGUUUGACCAAUAUCAAUAUUAUAGAAAUAGCAAAUAAUCAGCGAAAUAUAAUGCGGAAUAUGAUUGGACAAUUUAACUCAUCUGCAUUAAACGCAUCGAAUUUCAUCCAAUCCAAGAUGUCGUCUGUCGAAAAUCAGGUUACACUGCAUACACAACAUAAAAUGAAUCAAAUUCAAACGCUUCUGGAAGCUACCGCUAAUGACACUUUAGAUUCAUACAACUCACAACCAGACGAAGUGGUUCAUCAACAAGGACCUAACCAACUGCCGCCGAAACCAGAUAUCCGCAAGCCAACAUCUGAACCAGACUAUACAGAAUCUGUCCGUGGUAUAAAAAUACCAACAGUAUACUACGCUAGUCCCAUGGUUACCAAACCAGUUGCCUGUUUCCGAAAUCCGAUUUAUUUUAGAUCAUGCCAGGAAAUCUAUGUUGAAGGAUUUGACAUCAGUGGGAUGUACAUUAUAGACCCGGAUUUAGAUGGUGAAAUCGAAUCAUACUUCGUGUACUGUAGUAUGACACAUGGGCAAGGCGUAACGUUGGUUCUGAUUGGCGAAGAGUUGGAAAUGCCGAUAGAAGUACAUGGAGAUAACCGUCCUGGAUCUUUCGUGUAUGAGCCGACGUAUGAACCAACGUUCCAACAAAUGGCUGCGUUAGUCGAAAUUUCAAAUACGUGCCAACAAUAUAUUCAGUAUACCUGUCAAGGUUCGAAACUUCUGGCUUUCCAUCAUCGAUAUGGUAAACAUCGAGGAUGGCUCGUAUCACGUGAUGAUGAAGUAGUGAUAAGUUGGGGAGGCGCACCGGUCAAUUCGACGUCAUGUGAAUGCGGUAUCACCGAUUCAUGUAUUACCGAACAUACGAAAUGCAACUGCGACGGACCUAGUUCAGUCGAAGCCGAUCAAACAGAUGCUGGCUACAUGACGGACAAAAAUAUCCUACCAAUCAAAAGAGUUUACUUGGGCGAUGCAGCUGGAUCGAAAACGGCCUACCUCACACUCGGAGGCUUAGAAUGCUCUGGGUAAUAUGACUAACACUUUAAUACAAUGUGUGUAUGAUGCACGUGUCCGGUACAAAACCACAUAACAUAAAUGUUAUUUAUUAACAUUGGGUUACUUUCAGUUUAUUUUUCAUGUAAGGAAACUGUAAUUUCUUACAUAGGCCUAUAGCAUUGUUAUGAAACAUUUUUUAGAAAAACCCAAUUUUGAAUAACAAUAAAGUAAUUGAUAUUUUUCUAUGAAAAAUGUGACGUAUUUGUUUUAUUUUAACAAAAUUAACAAGUUUAUAUAGCCAUUUCUUCAUGGGACAAUAAACUUUACCGUAGU